AGUGACAUAGUCAACGAAAAAGAAAACAAAGCAAGAUGGCAGAAGUUGCUACUGAAGAGGCUCCCGCCGCACCAGUUGCUCCCGUUAAGACGGUGAAGAAGAAGGCAGCAAAGCCGGCGAAGAAAGCCGGACCGUCCACCAGAGACCUCGUUCUGAAGGCCGUCACCGAUUCCAAGGACCGUAAAGGCGUCUCGUAUGUGGCCUUGAAGAAAGCUCUGGCUGUGCAGGGCUGCGAGAACACCGUCGUGAUCAAACGUGCAGUGAAAGCCCUGUUGGAGAAGAAGCAGCUCGUACAUGUGACAGGGUACGGCGUCUCCGGAUCCUUCAAGGCGCCAAAGGCAGCCGAGAAGCCCAAGAAGAAGGACGCGAAGAAGGCCCCCGCUAAAGCCAAGAAACCGGCAGGGAAGAAACCCAUCGCCGCCGCUAAGAGGGUUGCGAAGCCCAAAUCAGCCAAUACGUCCUCCAAGAAGGCAGUGAGCAAAACCCCGACCAAGAAAGCUUCGGCUAAGAAAACAACCAAGAGCCCGACCAAGAAGGCAGCAGUCCUGAAAAAGAAGGCAGUAACUCCCAAGAAGAGCAAGAGCAAGCCCAAAGCCACAGCUAAGAAGCCCAAAGCCGCAGCUAAGAAGCCCAAAGCCGCAGCUAAGAAGCCAGCAGCCAAGAAGUAAAAGCUGUAAGCUUUACUUAACAAACCAAAGGCUCUUUUAAGAGCCACCCAAAUCAUCAAAAGAGUUCUCUUCCGUGUCUUGCUAAUCGUGUUUUA